AUGAUGAUAAAGAUGCUCUCUGCUGUGAUCUGGCUCUGCAUGUUCCUUGUGGCCUUUGUCAGCCACCCGGUGUGGCUGCAGAAGCCCCCUAAGCGUAAAACACCCGGACAGUUGAAUGCGGUCGCCUGCUGUGAGGAGAUGAAAGAGCUCAAGGCCCAGAUCGCCAACCUGAGCAGCCUGCUGAGCGAACUGAGCCAGAAGCAGGAGAAGGACUGGGUCAGCGUGGUCAUGCAGGUGAUGGAGCUGGAGAGCAAUGGCAAGCGCAUGGAGGCCCGGCUCGCCGAGGCCGAGGGCAAGUACUCCGAGAUGAACAACCAGCUCGACAUCAUGCAGCUGCAGGCGGCACAGACGGUCACACAGACCUCGGCAGAUGCCAUCUAUGACUGCUCUUCACUUUACCAGAAGAACUACCGCAUCUCUGGAGUGUACAAGCUUCCUCCCGACGACUUCCUGGGCAGCCCCGAGCUGGAGGUGUUCUGUGACAUGAAGACUGCAGGAGGUGGUUGGACCAUCAUUCAGAGACGGAAAAGUGGCUUUGUCUCCUUCUACCAAGACUGGAAGCAAUAUAAGCAGGGCUUUGGCAGCAUCCGUGGAGACUUCUGGCUGGGGAAUGAGCACAUCCACCGGCUCACCCGACAGCCAACCCGGCUUCGGGUAGAAAUGGAGGACUGGGAGGGCAACAAGCAUUAUGCUGAGUACAACCACUUUGCUCUGGGCAAUGAGCUGAACAGCUACCGCCUCUUCCUGGGCAACUACAGCGGCAAUGUGGGCAACGACGCCCUCUUCUAUCACAACAACACGGCCUUCAGCACCAAGGACAAGGACAAUGACAACUGCCUGGACAAGUGUGCACAGCUCCGGAAAGGUGGAUACUGGUACAACUGCUGCACAGACUCCAACCUCAAUGGCGUUUACUACCGCCUGGGCGAGCACAACAAACACAUGGAUGGCAUCACCUGGUAUGGCUGGCACGGAUCUAACUACUCCCUCAAACGGGUGGAGAUGAAAAUACGCCCGCUGGACUUCAAGCCCUAA